CGCCGCUGCUGCAGGAUGAAGCGCUGUUCGCCGCCGGCGGAGUUGUUUUUGCGAAAGCCGGUCGCCGUGCGGAGAGCGCUCAAGGUCUGAACUUCCCUCCGGAGCCGCAGUUGGAGGCGUGCGGCGCGGAGGCCACCAGCGGGUGAGGGCGCCCGAGGGGAGUGCACUGUGUCCGGGACCCGGGACCCAGGGCGGCCGCGGCGCCGGGACCCUCGGGAGCACCAGGUACCCCUGACCCGGCCGGGGAGGUUCUGAGAGCUCGGCAACAUGGCUUCCCCGCCCCACCAGCAGCUGCUGCAUCACCACAGCACCGAGGUGAGCUGCGACUCCAGCGGAGACAGCAAUAGCGUGAGGGUUAAGAUCAAUCCCAAGCAGCUGUCCUCCAACAGCCACCCCAAGCACUGCAAGUACAGCAUUUCAUCCAGCUGCAGCAGCUCCGGGGACUCCGGGGGCCUUCCCCGGCGAGUGGGUGGCGGGGGCCGCCUGCGCAGGCAGAAGAAGCUGCCCCAGCUGUUCGAGAGGGCCUCCAGCCGGUGGUGGAACCCCAAGUUCGACUCGGUGAACCUGGAGGAGGCCUGCCUGGAGCGCUGCUUCCCACAGACCCAGCGCCGCUUCCGGUACGCGCUCUUCUAUGUUGGCUUCGCCUGCCUUCUCUGGAGCAUCUAUUUCGCUGUCCACAUGAGAUCCAAACUGUUCGUCAUGGUGGCCCCCACUCUGUGCUUCUUGGUGGUGUGCGUGGGCUUUUUUCUGUUUACCUUCACCAAACUGUACACCCAACAUUACGCGUGGACCUCGCUGGCUCUCACCCUGCUGGUAUUUGCCCUGACCCUGGCUGCCCAGUUUCAGGUUUUGACACCCCUCUCAGGACGCGUAGACAGCUACAAUCAUACUCCUGCAACCAAGCCCACAGACACCUGCCUAUCCCAAGUGGGGAGCUUUUCAAUGUGCGUGGAAGUGCUCCUUUUACUCUACACCGUCAUGCACUUACCUUUGUACUUGAGCUUGUUUUUGGGGGUGGCCUAUUCAGUCCUUUUUGAGACAUUUGGCUAUCACUUUAGAGAUGAAGACUGCUUCCCCUCCCCCGCAGCCCAGGCCCUGCACUGGGAGCUACUGAGCCGAGCUCUGCUCCACGUCUGCAUCCAUGCCAUUGGGAUCCACCUGUUUGUCAUGUCUCAGGUGAGGUCCAGGAGCACCUUCCUCAAGGUAGGACAAUCCAUCAUGCACGGAAAAGAUCUGGAAGUAGAAAAGGCCCUCAAAGAGAGGAUGAUUCAUUCUGUGAUGCCAAGAAUCAUAGCCGAUGACUUAAUGAAACAGGGGGAUGAGGAAAGUGAGAAUUCCAUCAAGAGGCAUGCUACCUCUAGCCCCAAGAACAGGAAGAAAAAGUUCUCCAUACAGAAAGCUCCUAUAGCAUUCCGCCCUUUUAAAAUGCAGCAGAUUGAAGAAGUUAGUAUUUUAUUUGCAGAUAUUGUAGGCUUCACCAAGAUGAGUGCCAACAAGUCUGCUCAUGCCUUGGUGGGGCUCCUCAAUGACCUGUUUGGUCGCUUUGACCGACUGUGUGAGGAGACCAAGUGUGAGAAGAUCAGUACUCUGGGAGACUGUUACUAUUGUGUGGCAGGGUGUCCCGAGCCUCGGGCAGACCAUGCCUACUGUUGUAUUGAAAUGGGCCUAGGCAUGAUAAAAGCUAUUGAGCAGUUCUGCCAGGAGAAGAAGGAAAUGGUGAACAUGCGCGUUGGGGUUCACACGGGGACUGUCUUGUGUGGCAUCUUGGGCAUGAGGAGGUUCAAGUUUGAUGUGUGGUCCAAUGAUGUGAACUUGGCCAAUCUCAUGGAGCAGCUGGGAGUGGCUGGCAAAGUUCACAUUUCUGAGGCCACUGCAAAAUACUUAGAUGACCGGUACGAAAUGGAAGAUGGGAAAGUUAUUGAACGCCUUGGCCAGAGUGUGGUUGCUGACCAAUUGAAAGGUUUGAAGACAUACCUGAUAUCGGGUCAGAGAGCCAAGGAGUCUCACUGCAGCUGUGCAGAGGCCUUGCUUUCUGGCUUUGAGGUCCUUGACGGCUCACGGGUGUCCUCAGGCCCUAGGGGACAGGGGACAGCAUCGUCAGGGAGCGUCAGUGACUUGGCGCAGACUGUCAAAACCUUUGAUAACCUUAAGACCUGUCCGUCAUGUGGAAUUACAUUUGUUCCCAAAUCUGAAGCUGGUGCAGAAGGAGCAGCUGUGCAAAAUGGCUGUCAAGACGAACCUAAGACCAGCACCAAGGCUGCCGGAGGACCGAAUUCCAAAGCCCAGAAUGGACUUCUGAGCCCUCCCCAAGAGGAGAAGCUCACCAACAGCCAGACCUCCCUGUGCGAGAUCCUUCAGGAGAAGGGCAGGUGGGCGGGCGUGAGCCUCGACCAGUCAGCCCUCCUCCCACUGAGGUUCAAGAACAUCCGUGAGAAGACAGAUGCGCAUUUUGUGGACGUUAUCAAAGAAGACAGCCUGAUGAAGGAUUAUUUUUUCAAGCCACCAAUUAACCAGUUCAGCCUCAACUUCCUGGAUGCGGAGCUGGAGCGCUGCUACAGGACCAGCUAUCAGGAGGAGGUCAUAAAGAAUUCUCCUGUGAAGACUUUUGCCAGUGCUACCUUCAGCUCCCUCCUGGAUGUGUUUCUGUCCACAACAGUGUUCCUGAUCCUCUCGGUCACCUGCUUCCUCAAGUACGGGGCUGCUGCCACGCCUCCUCCACCUGCCGCUCUGGCCGUCUUCAGUGGGGCCCUGCUGCUGGAGGUGCUGUCCCUUGUGGUCUCCAUCAGGAUGGUGUUCUUCCUGGAGGAUGUCAUGGCAUGCACAAAGCACCUGCUGGAGUGGAUUGCUGGCUGGCUCCCUCGCCACUGCAUCGGGGCUGUCCUGGUGUCCCUGCCUGCCCUUGCUGUCUACUCACACAUCACCUCUGAAUUUGAGACAAAUAUACACUUCACUGUGUCCACCAGUUCAGCAGUGCUGGUGGCCGUUGUGCACUACUGUAACUUCUGCCAGCUCAGCUCCUGGAUGAGGUCCUCCCUUGCUACCAUCGUGGGGGCUGGGCCACUGCUUCUGCUCUACAUCUCCCUGUGUCCAGACAGUUCCAUAGUAAUUUCACCCCUGGAUGCAGCACAGAAUUUCAGUGCCAAGAGGAGCCCAUGCAACAGCUCGCUGCCACAGGACAGCAGCGAGCCAGCCAGCCUCGUGGGCAAGGAGCUCAUUCUUGCCUUCUUCCUCCUGCUCCUACUGGUCUGGUUCCUGAACCGAGAGUUCGAGGUCAGCUACCGCCUGCACUACCAUGGGGAUGUGGAGGCAGAUCUCCACCGCACCAAGAUCCAGAGCAUGAGGGACCAGGCCGACUGGCUGCUGAGGAACAUCAUCCCCUACCACGUGGCAGAGCAGCUGAAGGUUUCCCAGACCUACUCCAAGAACCAUGACAGCGGAGGAGUGAUCUUUGCCAGCAUCGUCAACUUCAGCGAGUUCUAUGAGGAGAACUACGAAGGGGGCAAGGAGUGCUACCGCGUCCUCAAUGAGCUCAUCGGGGACUUUGAUGAGCUCCUGAGCAAGGCGGACUACAGCAGCAUUGAGAAGAUCAAGACCAUUGGGGCCACAUACAUGGCCGCGUCAGGGCUGAACACUGCCCAGUGCCAGGAGGGCAGCCACCCACAGGAGCACUUGCGGAUCCUUUUCGAGUUCGCCAAGGAGAUGAUGCGUGUGGUAGACGACUUCAACAAUAACAUGCUCUGGUUCAACUUCAAGCUCAGGGUCGGCUUUAACCAUGGGCCCCUCACGGCGGGUGUCAUCGGUACCACCAAGUUGCUAUAUGACAUCUGGGGGGACACCGUCAACAUUGCCAGCAGGAUGGACACCACUGGGGUGGAGUGCCGCAUCCAGGUGAGCGAAGAGAGUUACCGCGUGCUGAGCAAGAUGGGCUACGACUUCGACUACCGGGGGACGGUGAAUGUCAAGGGCAAAGGGCAGAUGAAGACCUACCUUUACCCAAAGUGCACGGACAAUGGGGUGGUACCCCAGCACCAGCUGUCCAUUUCCCCGGACAUCCGUGUCCAGGUGGAUGGCAGCAUCGGGCGAUCUCCCACAGACGAGAUCGCCAACCUGGUGCCUUCUGUCCAGUACUCAGACAAGACAUCCUUGGGCUCUGAUGACAACGCACAGGCUAAAGACCUGCACCUGUCUUCUAAGAGACCCUGGAAAGAGCCCAUCAAGGCCGAAGAAAGGUGUCGCUUUGGCAAAGCCAUAGAGAAGGAGGACUGUGAGGAUGUGGGAGCGGAAGAAGCCAAUGAGCUCACCAGGCUCAACGUCUCCAAGAGUGUGUGAGGCAGCGCCCAGAGCUGCCCGAGGUGCUCUGUUCAUCGAAACACAAUAAUAUUUGUAUUUGGCUGUGGCACUUUCUAAGCGCCACGGUUCCUGUCCCGGAUGUGGUGUUAUGUGGUCAUUUCAGCCCUAAUUCUGUGUGGAUCACAGUUAUUCAGGGUUCGUUUCCAUCCAUUUCUUCUUUCCUUUGCUCCCUUCCUUGGAAAUUGCCCCCCUUGGGGAUGAUCCGUUCAGCUGCUGAAGGAGAACAAGUGCCUUCAGGGUAGGCUCGCCUCCAGGCCAGGACGCGGCCAGUGGGGUCGUGGUUCUGGGUACUGUUUGACUUUUGAAACAGAAGCUGUGGUUAGAUCUCAUUUUUAUUGCCUUUUCUCACAAGACACUUUUUGUUGUUAUUGGCUCAUACAGUGUUUCCAAGUUUAUUUUUUUCUGUAUACGUGAUAGUGUUUCCCAGUCACCUGGCCUUUCUCAGUAAGCACACACACGCACACACAUUUGCAUCUAUGAAUCUGAUAUAAAGUGCCAGUAAUUCGCUGGGAUGGGGUAGAGAGGGGAGCAUGGGCUGAAAAAGCCCAGAAGCCCCUCCUGCCAUGCUCUCCCAAGCACCUGGGCCCUCCCGCGCAUGGGCCAUGGGUGGACCGCUCCCCACAUCAAGUGAUUUCAGGGUUCACCCGCAUGCAGGCCAAGAUUUCAAAUGCUCACCGGGCACAAAGCUUGUAAACCCAGGCCUCAGGAAUCUCAAAGCCCUUCUUCACCCUGACCCUCCACCGAGGGGUCUUCCAGUGGGAGUGAAGUGUUUGUCUUAGAAGCUGACUCAUCAGAGGGGGAAGCUCAAAAUAAAUGUCUGAGGGUUGCAGUUAUUUAUUUAUUUAUUUAUCAGGAUGUGUGUCUGGGGAGGGGGUGCUCAUGUUUUGAUGGAGGGAAAUAGGCCAUGGGAGGGCAGGGGGUUCCAAAAGGGCGUAGAGACCAUCAAGGACAAGGUGUCCCUUGUGUUUCCACCACAGGGGGCCAAGCUGCAGCCCAGGGUGCUCCCCCUUGUGGAGAUUCAGGCCAAAACCAGCUGGGCUUUAGGCAAGCCCGUGCAGGUGGCGCAGGCACUGUCUUGGCUUCACAUGUUCAGGAAGUUCCUCGAUCUUUCCCACUCCACAGCUGCUCGGCCGACUUAGUCUGGACUUAAUCACGGCAGGAUGCAGUCUCCUGCAUCCUCUCACACCAAGUACCUAGGGGCAGAGCCAUCUGUCCAGCCAGCAGAAGGGAGAAAACCUAAGAAAAGUCGCAUCUGUUCUCUUGAGUGCCACCCCAGCUAGUAGUCAUGUUUUGCCACAUUGAGUCUGAAGUUGAUGUUGAAUGGAACUCAAGCCACAGUUGCCCUGUCCUGGUCAUUUUGCCCAGUGACACUGGCAUGUGGUUCAUGAUGCCACUGAAGACCAGCUUGGCACCUGUCAAGGUCCGCACGCCGCGCUCUGUGUUCUCUCGCUGGUGAACCUCACUGUUAAUUCUCACAUCACUCCCCCCCAGAGACAGAAUCUGCCGCUUCUGGCCUGGUGACAUCUCUGUUCUGGUCAGUCACCUUGAGGCGACACCUGGGACGGCCACCCAGCAGUACCCCAGUCCUGGGACUGUGACUGUGAGAGUUUCUUCAGGUUUGACUGUCAGUUUGUCUGUCUUCCAAUUCUAAAGAAAGGAUGGUUGUGACAAUACCUCUUAAUUCUGAAGAAUGUAUUCUUAUAAAACACCGCAGAUUUUUUUUCUUAAGAAACACUACCUGAUGCUUUCCUUGCACUAGGGGUGGAAGACACGUCAGCCUUUCUCCCAUCAGUAUUAGGUGUAUAUCCGAGGGUCAUUCUCUCUGCCUUCCACUUAUAAGCUGUAUAGCUUUGAGGGACUGGCUGGUUGCCAAUAUCAUCUCUCUCAAAAUGUGCCCUACCAGCCAUGUGUGGUGGCACAUGCCUAUAAUCCCAGCUAUUUGGAAGGCUGAGAUAGAAACAAUGAAAGUUGAGAUCAGCCUCAGCAGCUUAGUGAGACUCUGUCUCAAAAUAAAAUAAGAGGCUGGGGAUGUUGCUCAGUGCUAGAGCAGCCCUGGGUUCACUCCCUAGUACCACCAAAUAAAAAUAUAAACGCUCUACCAGGUUCAUCUCUACACACACUUCUUUUCUUCCUUGUCCAACUGUUUCCCUCCCCUGCUACAAAGGUGUUUGUGAUUCCUCAUCUCCCCUUAACCUCCAAGCUGCAGACCUAGGGGAGAGAAUCAUUAGCCUCUGGUUCAGCACUGGGCAAAUAGAGCCUCUGAGGACAGGCUGCUUACACAGAGAAUGAGUGGUCUUUAAAGCACCAGGGCUUCCUAAACCACCCUGCAGACAAUCUCUCCUCCUCUCUGGCAUCCCUGAUGUCCUGCUCCAAAGCAUACCUCAAUGCAGAGCCACAGAAUCUCUGUGCACACUUGCCAUCCACUGGCACUGAACUAGUGGCUGUCUCUGGAGGUGGUGGAGCUUCUGACUGUGGGCUUGGGUGCCGGGGAGGUGUCCUGCAGGUGGCAGUACUUCUUAAGAACUUAGGGUAGGAAGCAAUAUGUCAGAAUUGAAUGUGUGUAAAUAGUCGCUUUGAGUUGCAAAUGCUAUUUUCUUCAUGGCCCCAGAUCAGAUCAAAUUUUAUAUAUCUAUAUGAUCAACAAGCACAUAUGAUUUUACCCAGUGCAGACAAAGUAGAGCGCCAGUUGUGAGCCCUUAAAAAGCUUGAGAGUCCCUCAGAUUGCACCACACCUGCACACAGCUCCCUCAACACUGACUUGACUUCACUUGCGGGGACUGCACCUGCACAUUUGCACGUGACGUGGAGAGCCAAAGGCAGUGUGCCACCCCUCACCUGGGCUGUGAUCACUUGCACUUUCCAAAGAUACUUCUGCAUUUACAUUUCAAAGUUUUCAAGGUAAGCAUUUUUGGUUGUUUCAAAAAUCACAUCAUGCCUAGAAUCUGAAAUGAAAUCAGCAAGAACCCACUGUUUGCAUUUUCCGUAUUUCCUUUGCUCUGCUCUUUUUAAAUUGUUAAUUCCAAAAAUUUCAAAAUGCAUCCACUGAAGAAAUGGACAUUAAAAUAUUCUAAAAUCUAA